UGAGAUCCCCCGUUUGUUCACAGAACACAGGAAGUCAAUGAAAGAGAACCCACAGCAUACGCCUUCCUGUACUUCUGCUGUAUAUUAUUACUGUUUAAAGGCUGCAUAGUCCAACGCCAUCUUUCUGGCUGGGAGGAAAAGUGUGUUAUUCUUUUCACAAAAUGUGGAGCCCUUGUGUAGUUUGGAAACUAGAGUGCUUAAGUCAGUGUGCUUCUUAAAUGGGUCUGCACAGCGGAGCUGAUCGAGGGAAACGAUGAUGAAGAAAACAUCUGGACAAGAAGUGGAAACUGGAGACAUGCCAGGCCCACUGCUAGGUACGAAAGAUGAAUGCGGACAGCCUCUCACACCUCCUGUCCCUUCACUGCCGUUACCACUUCCAGGUAUCAGUAUCCUGGAUAAACUCAUAAGGACUUGUCCAGUGUGGCUUCAGCUCAACAUCAGGAUGGAAAAAGUCACAGAAAUACUCCACAACGAACCACUAGGGAGAUUCAUGGUGAGCAAAGAUUGCACCCUCUCAAAUAUGGUUCUCUCUGUGAAUUUUCCUGGAUUUGAUGGAGCCCCUAACAUCCAAGACUACUCAAUAAAGGAGGACAAAUCGAUUAUGUACUUGGAUGGCUCCUUAUUGGUGUUUGAAGAUAUCUUCAAAAUGGUGGCAUUCUAUUGCGUGAGCAGGGAUAUACUGCCAUCCACACUGGUUUUGCCCCAAGCAAUAGCAGAAGCAACAAACUCUGAAGAACUGCAAGUCAUCUCACAUCUGGGAAUAGAUUUCUGGAAUUCAUAUGUAAACAAAAGAUACGAAGAAGAAACUUUUUCUGUUUUGAAAGACUUGAACGUCGUUAAUAAUCAGACUGAUAACCACCAAACAACUCAGCGUUUGCCCACUGAUAAGAAACAAUGUUCAUGUGAGAUUGAGUUGUCAGCAGGAAAUGACAAAUUGUGGUUUGUCAAUCCUGUAUUUAUAAAAGAAUACUGCAGCACUGCCCCUUCAACAGAGACAUCAGCAGAGCAAAGCUCAAACUCUACAAACAACAAGGAUCUGAAAGUGAGGAGACCUCCUCCAAUCCCUCCCCGACCAAAGGCAUCAGAACUGAUUGCUCUGAUACCUGAGAGCUGCAGAGGGGGAAACCAGCUACUGCACGGCGGAGAGCUCAAGAAAAACAGUGAAUGCAUUAAUUUCGGAAGGGACCAUGAAAAUCUAAUAGACUUGUCACAGGGGAAGGAAGAAAUUGAAAUCAGUGCGGACAACAUGGGAACUCCAAAUCGUGACAGGUUCCCACCAGUUCCACCAAGGCGUCGGCCAUCAGAAAAGCAACCGACAGACAUUAACAGCAGCCAGACUGAGGAGACAAUCAAAGAACUUGAAGAAGUGGCACAAAGCCGUGAUACUACACGGAAUGAUAGGUCACCAGUUGAAGCCUACAUCAAGUCUACAGCGAUUGAACACCAGGAAUUGCUGAGUGAAAAGCCGCAGAGUAUAGAUGAUAAUCUUAAUUUCACCUCCGACGGGUCCAGUGCUGAGCAAAAGAAGCAGGCAUGUCAGUCUACACCUGUUGCACCUCCAAGAAGAAAGAAAAUGUCCAACCGAAUUGCCAGGGAAGAAACCAAACAAGAACACUGUACCACACAUCAGCAAAAUAAAGCAUUGAAGAUAGAUAAGUUAGAUACAAUAAGGGAUCAACCAGAAGAUGCCUCUGACUCCUCAGUCCAGAGUGAAUGUGUGCAAUCAUGUAACUUCACAGAUUUGAAAAUAGUUGAUGGGUCGUUGUACUCUCCUGAUUGUAAAGUACUGACUCCUGUUUCAGAAGCAGAUUCUUACUCUACCAGCAGCACAGAGGAAGAGCAAGAUCUAGGGAUCACACAUUCACGAACCAAGAAGCACCGGCACUCGAUGAUGUUGGACAAGGCGAAAAACAGACUGUCAAUAGUGGCAUUAAGCAAUGUUUUGAAUGCUUUCCGUUCAACAGACAGAAAAAUUCAGAAGAAAAUAACAGAGCUGGCUCAAGAGAAGGAGUCAUACUUUGGCCAUCUGGUCCAGGAUUAUAAAGCCUACGCAUUGGAAGUGAUGGGAAAUCAUACCUCAAGCACAGAAAUGCUGCAGGAGAUUCGGCAGAUGAUGACACAGCUCAAGAGCUAUUUAUUGCAAAGUACAGAGCUGACCUUAAUGGUAGAUUCAUCCUAUCAGUCGGAAGAAAAACUGGAAGCUGUCGUGGAAGCAGCAUUGUGUAAAUGUGUUCUCAAAUCAUUAAAAGACAAUAUCAACAUCCAGCUAAAGGAAAUUCAUUCCAAAAAUGGCAAUCUGAAACUCUUGAAAGAAAACCAACAGAUUGUGCAAAACACAACCACCACUGAUUUGGGCGUAACUACCAGCGUACCCGAAGUUAGCCUUUUGGAGAAAAUACAUCAGAAGUUCAGCACUAUGCACCGGGCUUAUUCACCAGACAAGAAGGUCACCUAUCUGCUCAAGGCCUGCAAGCUGAUUUAUGAUUCGAUGGCAGUUGGAAAUACCGCAAAGUCACAUGGAGCUGAUGAUUUCCUCCCUGUGUUAAUGUAUGUGCUUGCCAGGAGUAACCUGACGUCAUUGCUUCUGGAUGUGGAAUAUAUGAUGGAGCUACUUGAUCCUUCACUACACUUGGGAGAAGGAUAUUAUUAUUUAACAACUACCUACGGCGCCUUAGAACAUAUCAAACACUAUGAUAAACACACUGUCACUCGCCAACUUAGUCAUGAGGUCCAGGAUUCAAUCCACCAGUGGCAAAGGAGACGAACUCUGAACAUGAAACAACUGUCCAGGUCAUCAAUGCAGGAUUUCCUGAGUGUCUCCUUCUUAGAGAUUGGAUCCGACGUCAAAACAUUUGCCGUGAACUCAGAGACAACCGCAGAGAAGCUGUCCAGCCUGUGUGCCGAAAAGUUUGGCAUGGCCGAGGCCGAGGACUACUACUUGCAUCUGGUACUGGAAGAGAAGAGCCUGCAGCUGGCUGCCGACGCAAUGCCUCACCGCCUCAAGAACCUCCUCCAGAAGGGCCAGCCGCGAAAAGACUAUUAUUUUAUAUACAAGCAGGUAGACCAGGCGCAGCAAACAACAAACCCACCGAUAAAGAACCUCCCAUCUUUCUGACUUAUUUUUAACCGUGUUAGGCUGCUGGGGGGUGGGGGGGCAGAUGGAUUUCUCCCUCCCCUCUGGGAAUCCAAAGGAAAAGUCGCAGGAUGCUUGAAAUCCAGAAAGAAAGCAGGAAAUCCUGGAAAUUGACAGCAGUUCAGUGCGCAUCUGAAAGGGGGAAUAAUAUAAAUUCAUGGUUCAAAUCUGACCCUUCAUUAGGACUUCAAUAUAUUUUCCUAAAAUUAUUAAUUUCACUUGAUAGCGUUGGAUUAUAAUUAUCUGAUCUUUUUAUCCUGAAGUAAACUGUUGUUAUGCCACUCUCUGAUGUAGGUAAUGCUGUCUUUUUAAAGCAACCUAAUUCUUGAAAUGAAUCAGAUGAAUGUUAAACUUUGAGGUUAAUUUAGAACGUAUGAAAUAUUCCUGUUUUUCAGUAUUUUGGACUAUUUUUAAACUAGUACUAUUUAUACAUUUUAUAAUGAAUGUAAAUACAUUUGUCUUUUGAGGCUAUACUUUUUCCAUCAUCAUUAGUGUAAAUGGCAACUCAUCAGAGGGAGCCUUUGAGAGUUUGCUAAAGGUAGGCGUGACUAUAUUAAAACGCAUUAAAGGGACAGUGUGCGAAACACAUUUUAAGCUUU